UCUUCUAGGGUUUGAUUUCAGAUCAAAACGAAGAAGAAGAAGAGAGAGAAAAUGGCUCUCCCCAAGGCGAAGGAGCUUGUUUCCUCCAAUCCAGUCGUCGUCUUCAGCAAAUCGUACUGCCCCUUCUGCGUGAGCGUGAAGAAGCUGUUGACAGAUAUCGGUGCCACUUACAAGGCCAUUGAGUUGGAUGCUGAAAGUGAUGGAAAUGACGUGCAAUCUGCAUUGCUUGAGUGGACUGGGCAGCGAACUGUGCCAAAUGUGUUUGUUGGUGGGAAUCACAUUGGUGGCUGUGAUAAAACAAUGGCCAUGCACAAGGAAGGGAAGCUUGUCCCGUUGCUUACUCAAGUUGGAGCUGUUGCCAAAGCUUCUGCUUAGAGGAUUUCUGCUAUCUGGUUGAUGUCACUCUUAUAAAUAAUAUGAUGAAUAAGGUCUUUAGGUUAUAUUGGUUAUCUCUAUUCUGGAACUUAAUUGGCAAAUAUAAAUGAAGUCGUGAAUGUAGGAAUGGUUUCAAUUUGGUUUUAUAUAUGCAAUUUAGUUUUUACAAGAGGAUCCACUAAUUAUACUCAA